GCAUGACUCAAAAGUCAAGAACGAUUAACCAGUGGUAUGCAUCCUUUGAGAAAGCCAAGGAUUUCGAUUCCUGGGGUCAGUUGGUUGAAGCCGCUGAUGAAUAUGUGAGACUUGCCAGAGACUUGGGAAAGCAUAGUACCCUUGGAAAUACCAUGUUUCAAGCGGAACAAAAGAAGUUGAUGCUAAAGAUCUCAGCCUGUUUGGAGAAAAGAAGCAAAACAUUGUUGUCUACACAGGCCAGAGAAGAUGAGAUUUCCUCUGAGGAUAUCAAAAAAGUUGGUGAAGUAUUAAGAAACUUGAAUGUUGGGUGGAGUGGUCCAUUUCCAGUCAGAGUGGAGGAGCCAAAAAUAAGUGGUGGUGGUGCUGCAGGAUAUGGAGAGGAGAAUGGUAGUGAGUUUGUUGCUACAGCAGGUGGGACACUGUUGCCAAGGAUACCAUAUGAAGAGGGAUUUCGUCGGCUUGUAGUGCGAAUCGACCAGAUUGGGUUGAAGGAUGCUCAUGUUUACCUGAACCCUUUUUUCACUGUCUCCGUUAAAGAUGCUAACAGUGUUAAUGUAACGUCACCUCAAGACACACCCAUGUCACACAGGAAAGAUGGAAAAUUCAUCAUUUUUGGCAUUGAUGUAGAAAUUCAGAAACCUAUAGAAAAACUACCGAGAGGUACAGCGAUAUUCUUCGAGUUCAAGCAUUACAAACCCAAAAAGGACAUCGUGAGCACAAAAUGCUUUGCGUUUAUGGAGCAGGAUGAAAUAAAACCCGGCCCUGCUUGCAUAGAGCUGUAAGUAAACAACGUUUUACCUUUUUACGUAAAUUUUGACUUAUGCGUUCUACUGUUCUACUGGCCUCUGGUCUUCAAAGGAUGGAUAACGCUAUCCGCUGAAUUAAUCGCUAUCGAGUAAAUAGUGUAUUCUACUAAGUUCUUUUUUCGACUUUUAUUCAGAGGAUAUGCAUCUUUUUCCUUGUAUCGAGACCCUGCCAACUAUGAAAGUCGGGCGGCUUUGGGGAUAAGUAUGUUUCUCUUCUUUCCUCCAUUUCUGUGCGCAGUGUGCUUUGUCCUCUCCCUGCCUUGCCCUAGUCAAAUUAUUCAAGAUGGCGACUUGACUUUCUGCCCGGGAGAGGAGGGGGGGAGGGGAGGGGAACACCCGUAUGAAAAGGUCGGGGAGGCUCGUCUCGCUUUAUAGGGGUAUAAAUCAACGAUUCUGGUCUCACUUAGGGGGUUCGUGAGGAAACGGCACUAUGUGUCCAUGUAACUGUCGAAGUGUCUAUCUAUAAUAAUAAAAACCGCUCUUAUUUCUGUUUUUUAUCUACAUUUUCGCCGGUCUCUCGAGUCCGGUCUGUUAGCGCAGGCUCCCUUCCUGGACAGCGGCUGCUAAUCAAGCCUAUUCCAUUUUAAGUGGUAUCCUUUAGGGGUCAAAUAAAGCGCAAGGCACACCCAGAUUGGUCUCCUUAA